GCAAGAUGGCGGCACGCAGGGGUCGUGGUAUGGCGGGGGAGAAAAGGGCAGCGGCGGUUGUGGUCGCUGCUGCCUUUUCCGAAGAGGAAGAAAGCGACGAGGCCCCUGAGGAGGUGACUUUCGAGAGGGCGCGGGAGGCCGCUGCGGAGGAGCGCCGGCUGGCGGGGGAGCGCGUCCGCAGAGAAAAGGCAAGAUUGAAAGAAAAGAGACGACACAGAGAAGAACUGUUUAAGGAACAAAAGAAAAGAAAGCUGCUUCCUGAAAAUGUGUUGGAGGAGUUGGCAUCCACACAGAAUAGCACCAAUCAGACAUCUGAUGCACUUGAGCAAGAUCACAAUGUUGAAAAUGGAGUUGAAAAUCAUGAAGAUUCAGAAAAAGACAGUGAAGAAGAAAUAUUGGCAACCAGAUGCCCCCAAAAUUAUAUGGCUGUACGGUUAAAAGACCAGGACUUAACCAAUCGUCAGCAGCAGGAGGCCAAAGACUUUAUACAAAGACAGCUUUAUGGAGCAAGCUGCCAUCGAACAACUGCAAACCAGUAUUUUUCUGUUGGAAACAAGAAAAAUGCAGUUAAAAAAGCUGCGAUCCAGUUUGUGAAUAAAUCUUGGGGUAAAGUGAAAAAACAAAAAGCUAAUCAAUUUACAAAACAUUGGGUAUCCUCAAAAAUAAUUCCUUGAAAUAUUUUAAUAUUGCUUAUGUACAGUAUCACUGCAAAAUGUUUUGCAUUUUAAUUAUAUAAUGCUGUUGUCACUAUUGUGUUAUACAUUAGUAACAUUUUUAUGAUUUGUGUGUUUCUAUGUUAAGUCUUUAAGGAGAAUUAAAAGGUAUAACCUUCUGGAAAAUACUUAGGGCCUUGCAGUGGUGAAAUGUAGUUUUAGCUGUUGUCUUUUGAACUCAGUUGAAUUAAGAAUUUGGUUGAAUGAGAGAUGAGUUUCUUAAGUAUUUUUGAUACUUUUUUGCUAAAAUGUUUUUUUAACAUUGCCUCUCCCUCAUCUGUAAAAUGAUUUACAGCUCUACCCUAGACAUGUUUUUUGGAAGUACAUUCCAGUGAAUCUGAUGGACUAUAUCUUGAAGUAAUUUGUAUAUAGGAUUGCAAUGUGGGAAAUAUUAAAUAAAAUAUCUAGUUUGCAUGAAAAUAA